GUUUCAAAAACCAAAUUGAAACACAACCUUGAUUACCAAAUCGAAAUUCAAUACCACUAGAGUUUUUGGUUGGCUGCAAGAAUGGAAGAGGAGGACCAAGCAUUAUUUAUCCAAGAACCACAACACAGGCCAAGUGUCUCCACCAUGGAAGCACAAGGAAUUCCAGUCAUAGACCUCUCCCCUGUAACAUCAAGCAAUCCUUCUCUUUCUUCCAUUGACGCGCUGGUGAAGGAGAUCGGAAGCGCGUGCAAGGAAUGGGGAUUCUUCCAAGUAACAAACCACGGUGUGCCUCUCUCUCUGAGGCGGAACCUUCUGGAAGCAUCCAAGAACUUCUUUUCUCAGAGCUUGCAGGAAAAGAAGAAGGUUAGCAGAGAUGAAAGUUCUCCGAGCGGUUACUAUGACACUGAGCUCACAAGGAACGUUAGAGAUUGGAAAGAAGUGUUUGAUUUUCUUGCAAAAGAACCAACUUUCUUCCCUCUUACUGCAGAUGAACUUGAUGAUCGAGUCACGCAGUUGAGUAAUAAAUCUCCUCAACAUCCUUCUCACUUCAGAGAUAUAAUCCAAGAGUAUAUUGAAGAGAUGGAGAAGCUAGCCUUCAAAUUGAUGGAACUUAUAGCUAUGAGUUUAGGCCUUCAACCAAAGAGGCUUGAGGAAUUCUUUAUGAGAGGUCAAACCAGUCUUAUUCGUCUCAACUAUUAUCCUCCAUGCCCCUUCCCUCACAUAGCUCUUGGAGUUGGUCCACACAAGGAUGAAAGUGCCUUAACCAUUCUUGCUCAAGAUGAGGUUGAAGGACUUGAAGUGAAACAUAAGACACAUCAAGAGUGGGUUAGAGUGAAACCAACCCCAAAUGAUUAUAUCAUCAACGUUGGUGAUAUUAUUCAGGAGAAAUCGAUGGUAGAGUUGCUGUCCCUCCAUGCAAAGUUUGGCCGAGAGAGUUUCAGGGGUGGAGUAGCCGAUUCUAACGUUUUCUUCUUUAGAACCUUGAUUAAAAAGUUUCUCUAGAGUUUCUGUUGUUUUGAUUUCUUACGGAUGUAGGGUUUGAUAAUUUUAUAAUAAUUAAAUGUGAAUUCGAUAAGUGAAUGUUGGUUUGAUUAAUGUUUGAGUUUGAUUAUAUGCUGAAUUUUUGUUGUUUACUUGAGAUUUUGGUUCGGCUAUGUAUGAACAGCCAAUUUGGGUGUUUUGAUUAUUUUGGAGCUAUUGUGAUGUGGUAUUUUGAGAUAAAUUUGACGAGGUUUGAUGACUGUGAGAUCAAAUUAAAAGCUAUGAAAAAUUGGUUACCGAAACUGUUAAAAAACUAGUUAAAAAAAUCAAAUAAUUUUGUUGAACUUUUGAUGAGUUUGAUUUGGUUCUUUGAAAUAUUCAAAACCUUCAUGUUUUGACUAUUUUGAGGCCAAAAUAUAAUUAAGAAAUAGUUUUGGGGCUGGAUGUUAAAUAAAAAAAGGUUUGUGAGUUAAAAUAGAAUUUUUAGAAGUUUAGUGAUUAAAGUAUAAUUUCUAAAAAAUUUGGGAGUCAAAAUGAAUUUUUAGAAGUUUUAAGGAUUAUAAUAGCUGAUUUUGAAUUAUUAAAGAAAUGAUUAUGUUUUGAGUUUUAUCGAGAAAAGUAUUAUGUUUGAAUUUGAUUUAUCAAGAAAAGAGUUUGAAAAACGGUUUGGAUGGGACUCGAGAAGGGUGAUAAAAUCCGAGUUUUAGUGGAGGUGCUAUCAAAAUUUUUAGAAGAAUUCUGAGAAAUUUUAUUUUGGUUAAUUUGGAUGGAAAUAAUUAUUUGAUUUGAUUUGAAUUAUUUAAGAAAAGAAUGAAUUAUGUUUGAGUUUAAAUGAUUUGGUUUUGAAAUGAGGCAUUGUCGAGGGGUUUAACUAAUAAAUAGUUUUCCUCUUACUUUUGAAAAAAAGUUUAAAUUCGAAAAUGAUUUUGAAGUUAGCUCGAGGAAUAUGAGAAUGAAUGAGACAUGAAUAUGGCAAUGAGGAUUUGUAAAUGAACGAGACGUGUGACCUCGGGUAAGAGGCAGUGGCGUUGUCCACUUGUUCUGGAAAAGAGAUGAAGAAAAAGAAUGAUUAAAACUGAGUUUAAAUUAUGAAAUUGAAUGAUGAGUAUGUUUGUUUUUUCUCUGGAUGUAAGGCUGACAGGGCACAUAUUCCCUCUAAUGG